AUGACUGAUAGGCCCAUAAUUACCCUCAAGGUGCAAGGAAGAAAAUUUUUAGGGUUACUGGAUACGGGCGCCGAUAAGAGCAUCAUCAGCGAACAAGAGUGGCCUCUGAGAUGGCCCCUAACGCAAGCAAAACAAACACUCAGGGGUUUAGGAAUCGCUCAAAGUCCUGAUCAAAGCGCAGCUACCCUUGAGUGGGAGGAUGACGAAGGCCAUAGGGGAACUUUUCAGCCCUAUGUCUGCAAUAUUCCUAUUUCCCUCUGGGGACGAGACGUUUUGGAACAGAUGAGCGUCCACCUGAUAACUGAAACUAUAUACAGCCCCCAACCAAUAGCUAUGAUGCAGAAAAUGGGAUACACACCAGAAAAAGGGUUAGGGGAACAGGAGCAAGGUAAAAUAGACACCAUCCCUUUCACCUCAGAAUAUAAGGGGCAAGGCCUGGGUUUUCGGUAA